AUGUCGAGCUCCGGCCAAACACAGUUCCGCUAUACGCAGACGCCGUCGAAGGUGGUGCACCUGCGGAAUCUUCCAUGGGAAUGCGUGGAAGGAGAGCUCGUCGACCUAUGCAAACGAUUCGGCAAGAUCGUCAAUACCAAGAGCAAUGUCGGCGCCAAUCGCAACCAAGCCUUUGUCGAAUUUGCUGACUUGAAUCAGGCAAUAUCAAUGGUUUCGUUUUAUGCGUCGUCUUCAGAGCCUGCACAGAUUCGAGGCAAAACUGUUUACAUUCAGUACUCAAACCGGCAUGAAAUAGUAAACAAUCAGAGUCCUGGAGAUGUCCCUGGAAAUGUCCUUCUUGUUACCUUUGAGGGAGUGGAAUCUCACGAAGUGAGCAUCGACGUUAUCCAUCUGGUAUUUUCUGCUUUUGGAUUCGUGCACAAAAUCGCCACAUUUGAGAAAGCUGCUGGUUUCCAGGCACUAGUUCAGUUUACUGACGUGGAGACUGCAUCAGUGGCAAGAAAUUCGCUGGAUGGUCGAAGUAUACCCAGAUAUCUGCUUCCAGAACAUGUUGUCUCUUGCAAUUUGCGAAUGUCUUAUUCAGCUCAUACUGAUCUAAAUAUCAAGUUUCAGUCCCACCGUAGCAGGGACUACACAAAUCCAUACCUUCCAGUGAAUCAUACCGCAAUGGAUGGUUCCAUGCAGCCUGCUUUAGGUGCUGACGGAAAGAAGGUAGAAACUCAGAGCAACGUCCUUCUCGCUUUGAUUGAGAACAUGCAGUAUGCUGUCACCGUGGAUGUUCUUCAUACGGUGUUUUCUGCGUAUGGAACUGUCCAGAAGAUUGCUAUAUUUGAGAAGAAUGGUUCAACACAAGCCUUAAUUCAAUACUCUGAUAUCGCAACGGCGGCAAUAGCGAAAGAAGCACUGGAAGGACACUGCAUAUAUGACGGUGGCUACUGUAAGCUUCGACUAUCAUACUCUCGUCAUACUGAUCUCAAUGUUAAGGCUUUUAGCGACAAAAGCCGAGACUAUACACUCCCUGAUCUAAGCCUACUUGUGGGCCAAAAAGCUCCCGGAGUCGCAGCCUCUGCGCCGCCAACAGGUGAUGGUGGUGGUUGGCAGAAUCCGCAGGCGCAAACACAGUACUCAGGCUAUGGUGGAAGCCCAUAUAUGUACCCUUCAUCUGACCCCACUGGGGCUUCACCUUCAGGCCAUCCUCCUCCUUACUAUGGUUGA